AUGACGAAUUACACUAUCUAUCUAUCUAUCUAUCUAUCUAUCUAUCUAUCUCAGUCUGUUUCUAUCUCGUUUCCUGAAACUUAUGACGCCUAUUCUUUUCGUUUCCUCACUUUACUUAUUUCUUGCCAUUCUUUCUUUCCUUACUUUCCUUUCUUUCUUUCUUUCUUUCUUUCUUUCUUUCUUUCUUUCUUUCUUUCUUUCUUUCUUUCUUUCUUUCUUUCUUUUCUCUAUAAUAAUCAUUCUGCCCAAAAAUCUUAUGUAUCACUUGAAUAUCUUUCUUUCUUUCUUUCUUUCUUUCUUUCUUUCUUUCUUUUCUCUAUAAUAAUCAUUCUGCCCAAAAGGUAUGUUAAUUUCUAUCUAUCUAUCUAUCUAUCUAUCUAUCUAUCUAUCUAUCUAUCUAUCUAUCUAUCUUUCAUUCUGUUCAUAUCUAUCUAUCUAUCUAUCUAUCUAUCUAUCUAUCUAUCUAUCUAUCUAUCUAUCUAUCCCAUUUUGCUCACAUCUAUCUAUCUAUCUAUCUAUCUAUCUAUCUAUCUAUCUAUCUAUCUAUCUCAUUGUGUUCAUAUCUAUCUAUCUAUCUAUCUAUCUAUCUAUCUAUCUAUCUAUCCCAUUUUGCCCAUUUUCUCAUCUAUCUAUCUAUCUAUCUAUCUAUCUAUCUAUCUAUCUAUCUAUCUCAUUCUGUUCAUAUCUAUCUAUCUAUCUAUCUAUCUAUCUAUCUAUCUAUCUAUCUAUCUAUUUGAGCCUGUUUACAUCUAUCUAUCUAUCUAUCUAUCUAUCUAUCUAUCUAUCUAUCUAUCUAUCUAUCUAUCUAUCUAUUACCACGAUGCUCUGUUUUAUUUAAUCCAUUAUUACGCUUCAAUUCUCCUUUCCCCUAUUAUUCCCUCUUUUCCUUCAAGCAAUCUCUUACUCAAUCUAACCCUUUAUCCCGCAUACUCCAAAUCUCUUUUACUCCGUAUUCUUAACUCCUUUUCUUACCACCCAUCCCCUUACGCCCACCCUUCGCCCUCUCUUCGCCGAUGCCUUAACUCAGUGUCCCCUGACCUCAAUCUCCACUACCCAUCGCUUUCUCUGAUCAGUUCCUCCCCUCCACUGAUUCUCCAUCCUUCUCUUUCUGUCCUAACCUACCCCGCCCUUUCAUAA